ACAAUCUUUACAUGGGGAUCAACAAGGUCAACAAACCAUUGGAAAAAGCAUGAUGGAAUGGAGUUUUCUAAAGGCGCAACUUCUUUAUCAAAAUUGUCAUUGGAAUGAUAUCUACUGAUCAUGUCGACGAAUGGUGAACAAGAUCAAGUAAAACGUUACUUAAAACCUGAUAAUACGUGGAUUUUUAAUUGGUAAAUAGUAAGAUGAUAAUAAUAUGCACCUAUUACCCCAACACAGAUUUGAGAAGAACGGAAGUAUAUUUGAAAUAUGUUUAGUCUAAUGGUUUCUUGGGACUCAAAUCGAGAAAAUCACGAUUUCAUACACAUUUCUAAUUCCAUCAGAAAAGUUUCAUGUUGAUGCUGUGGAACUUUGAAAGUAAUUUAAAAAAAAAAAAAACUAUAGGAUAAUUUGGGAGUGUGCUUUGCUAAUGUCUUUUACUGGAUGGUAUGGUAAAGUGCAGACAUAACACACAUUAAGGUUAUACUAGCAUCGAUAUCGAUUUUGGUGAAUUUUGUCAUUGGAAAAAAUAAUGAUUUCUAAAAAAGCAUGCUUAGAAUAAUUCACAAUAAAUGAAAGGCCAGUGCCGAUAACGAGAUGCGUCCUGAUAUUUCGUGAGCGAACUACAAAGUUUAAUCAAUGUUUCCCUUCAGUAUGAAUCAGAUGGUUGGUUCAUCCCUUUUACACACUCCAUGUUUGUGUGAUAUCACAUAAAAUAAAACUACCCCAACCUAAACCCCACUGUGCAUACAACUUUAUGCUGAUCUCAGCUCAUUGAUGUGAUGUUUCACCCGGCGAGUCUGUAUAUUUUUUUUCUACCGAACCCUUCUUGAAAGCCUGACAGAAGCUUUGUAAGGUUCACUUGAAUCGGCUACGAUCGGGUGGGAAAGUGAGUGCUCGUGCGGAACGUUAAGCGUAUAAAAUCAAUAAUCAAACGAAGAGCAAGCAACCAGCAGGGAACACUUCUUGCACAAACGAGUUGUAGGGAUUUUUUGAGAGCAGGAGAGAAUUUCAGUAAGGGAUGAAGGAAAUAUUUGAUAGCAGGAGGGGUUACUACAACGGUUUUGAGGUAGUUUAAAAAGGAAGAGAAAUUAUGUUCAUUCAAUGUUAUUUUUCGUACGUGAAGUUUACGUUGUAGUAUGCUUUUUUACCAUUCUAGAUGGUUUGGCAUUGAUGAUAGUCUUGUACUGUUUUUUCCUAAUUGUUUGAUACAACAUUAUUAAACUUGUUAUGUACAGCUUUUUAUAAUAAUGUAUCGAAUUAGUGCACCACGUGUUCUGAUGAAAGUUGUCACAGUUAAAAUCCUCCAUUCUAUUGUCAUUUCACUCAUUUCAAAAUAGGUAAAAAAUGGAUGUUUCUUUGAAAUAUUUUUUAACUUCCACUUUUUAGCGCAUCAAACAUCAAACAAACCGAGUGAAGCGCCGCCUAAUUUCCUUUUUUUUUUAAGUACUUCUAUGAGCUCGUGAGCCGACCAUGUUUUGGUCUGAUCCUUCUGUCUACAACUCAAAUCACAUGGUACCAACACAUGCAAAACCAUCGAAAGCUUUACCGCUUGCCUGCUUUGUUCUCGCAAGAGCUUUUCAUUCAUUUCGCGUAUCCUUUCACCUUCCUUGUGUUGACACCGCAGUCAGAUGGUUUUCCCGAACUGCCAUUUAGAGACAACGAAUUCGUUCGGCGUAGUUCGUCUUACGUUCGGGUGUAUGACGAAGGCGUUUGAGAUUGGCUCUGAGCAGAAACCAUCGCAUACGAUUGUACUUUCAGUCAGUUCCAUUUUCACAGCCCAAUCGGUAACAUCUACUUGUCUAUAACUUGAUUUCUCAAACCAAAGCGUCUACUUAGAGUGUAAGUGUGGUUGGUGUCGUGUAAAUUUACAAAUCGAUGCUUUGUGAAUAGGCUAUUGUUCGGAAAAUAGCUUGCUUAAAUAAUAAAUGUCAGUGAAAAAGCAAUAAGGAAUAUCUGAAUAUUUAAGUGGAAUGCUGCAAAGUAAAGUUACGUAUCAUGUUUAAACUUUUCAGCUGGAAACAAGUGACCAAGGACAACACCUCUCUAUCGGAAUGAAUACAUUUCACACAGCAAGCCACCGGAAGCGAGUGAGCUAUCGAAUCGGGUACAGUUAGGCCCAAAAUUCGCACAGGAAGUAGUGUCGUUUGCAAGGCAGCAAACUGAAGCGGGGUGAAAUGAAAUGGCUCAAACUCCUCUUGGGAUGACACGCAAAAGUCCGAAACAUUCGACACGUUGGGCAAAUAUGUUGGAAUAAUACACCCACACACUCCUUUCCAGUUUCCCACGUUGUAUCCGUCACAUUAAUCAGGUGUGGUGUUUUGUACUGGGAAGGGCCAUAUCAAAGCAAGACCUUUCCACCAACGAUGGAUGAGAACGUGCAACGGAGCAACGAAAGUAUCAAACAACGAAAUCUGGUGCACAGUAUCGAGCAGAUAUCGCCUAUACGGGAUGUCUAUUCGAUUCUUCCAGAGUCGAAUGUGCAUUCAACCGGUCAGUCCCAAACGCUUCAUACGCAACCGUCUGCAUCAUCUUCUCCUACGCAUAUAUCAAAUACAUCACCCAGUGCAGCGACAUCGCUGUCAACGUUACUCUCCCCUACUAAAAUUAGUCAAGACGUGAAUCUGCAGAGUACUUCGAAAAAUGGAGCGCAUCAAGAAACUUUCUCGAAUUCGCUCGCUACCGCAACUCCCGCAGGCUUUAGCUUAAUUUUGCCGCAAAACCUAAACAGAAGCUUUGAUCAAACGGCUGCUCAAUCACCACCAAAGUAUCAGAUUUAUCAUCAGUUUAGCCGCAUAUCCAGCACUACGCAGCAGUUCAUACAGCGACAACAGCAACAACAAUUACAACAGCAAGAACAACAUCAGCAGAUAUUUCAUCCUCAAGCUCAGCCACUGCAAUUGCAACAGUCUCCACAAACACAACCUGCCUCACCGGUUACCAACUAUCAAACACCACUGUUUCGCAAAGCUAGUUAUGGCUCAUCACACUAUGCACAUUAUUCAAACGUCGAUCCGCUCACAGUGAACGCGGGUACCUUAUCUGCUCGACCCAACAACACCUACCAUCAAUAUCAGACUACUCACCAAUGCUCCAAAACCGUGGACCAACGAAGCAAUAAUCCUUUUAUACUCAACUUUAAUAACAUUUCCGGAUGUUGCCUAAAGAACUCACCGACGUCCUCCAGCUCUCCGCCAGCCACUUCUCCAACUGACCGAUCAAUAACUUCCGCGCCCAUCACUGGUAAUCCACAAUCCGUAACCAGUGGUAGUUCAUCGUCUGCCAUCACGGCGGUUGUAAGUUCCGGCACGAAACGGACACGAUCUUUGCUGCUCAAAUCGACCUCACCGUUACAGCAAACCACCCAUAGUUCGCCAUCGCAUACUGUCUCUUCGCCACAGGGUCCACCUGUUCCACCGAGACUAUCACACAUACAUGCUAUUGGUUCUGUUAGUCCAGCAAAUACCGGUCCUACGUUUAGUAACCAUCCGUCCAUUGAUCCAAUAUCAACUACAACAAGCAGUAACGCAUCGUCAGAGGCAAUAGUUAUGUCUUCGAUCGUUACCGGAACAUGUUAUGUAACGCCUCCAACUCCUGCACCGUUAAUUACCAGCGAUAAACACCGGGAGUUACCUUCGAUGACUUUCGGUAGCGUGACACCUACGGUCGUGUCGAACACUCUGCCCGAUUCAACAACAUUAACAGCAUCAGGACACAACAAAACGCCAACAGAUGGGAACGAGAGUGGCUUGCUGACAAAGGAGAUGAUAGACAAAAGUGUGCGUAAAAAACGAGAUGAUUUUCUCAGGACAACUAUGAAAAUAUGUUUGGUUGUAUCUCCUCCGUCAAAGCUACAGAUGAAAUCUUUGAGCCUUACCCACCUGGAUGAAAUCGAGCGUCAGGCAACGACUCCAACAAUUAUAACAAACGAUCCUCACGUAAGGAAGAGUGAUAAUUCCGAUACGUCUAACACUUCGAUUGCAUCCGCGAGUGGAUCAGCUGGGUAUGGCGGCAACACCGUGUCGGGUGGAUCAUCCACUCACGCCGUAUCCCCGAAAGACGUUUGUCUAACAGUCACCUCGGGCAGUGCGUUGAUCGACAUCAGCAACAGUGAUGGAGGAUGCAUUAAUCCUGCCUACGACAAUGGGGAGGGGUCCCAUCGUCGCCAGGCGGGGAAUAGUUUCACAGUCAGCGAGGUAGACGCUAGAAUCGUUCAAAAACAAAACAGCACAGAAAAAGUUCACGAAUGUCAGAGUUCUGGAACGUGCUGCAUGCUUUCGUCACCUUCCUGCGUAAAGGCUGCGCUGGGCUAUUCGACUAAACUAGGCGGAACCAGCUCAACAUCUUCGCUCAAAAAGAAAUCCUCCUCCUUUCUGCAUCGGGAACGCAAGAAGCCGGUUCUCACUCGCAGCCAAGUUUCAAGUUCCGAGUAUUUCUCUGUUUGCUUUGAGAGCGACCAAAACGAUCCAGGAGUGCUAAUACCGGCUACGAAAGGAGUACGACUUGCUGAAUGUUUACGUGCCUCACUUUCUAGACGGAGCUUGAGUUUUUCCCAAAUUUAUGUGACCGAUAAUGGAUUUAAUAAUCCGCACGAAACAGGCUUACGGUACACAGAACCACUCGAUGCCAACAUGGACAUCUCGGCUUUGGCAGGUCGUACGCUAAUUGUAUCAGAACGUGAUGGAGCGCCUAAUCGGAGGACUGGCGGGCAUCUAACACUGCAAAAGGCAGCUUCAGUGGGCAAUCAACCGUCAAUAAUGUCGUCGAACAGUAAACUCUUUACAUCCACCUCCACCGAUGACAACUAUGACCAAAGCCCUAAAGCAUCGUCAGCUUCCGGAAAGCAAUCGAAACAAAAAUGGACAAUACCAUUCGGAUCGAAGGGACCACAAAAAUCUAAGCUUUGCGAACUGCUGGACAGCUAUAACAAAGAAAUUCCCAAAUCGACGUCUUCCUCCAGCAAUUUCAAUAACCCCGAGUAUGUAGACGCUUUAGUUGGCCUUAGAAACUUACCUCAAUGUUGGACGGAUAUCGUCAAUUGCGCUGGGAUGAGUGAGGCGGAAACAAAAAUUCAAUCCGCCAUCUGGGAGCUGGUGACGACCGAAGUAUACUACAUUCUUGCUCUGCAAACGGUAACAGAUCUAUUUCUCGCUUGUUUAGAAGACAUUCAAUCGCAAAACAUUCUUACUGAUGUGGAUCAAAACAAACUAUUCUCGAACAUACGAGACAUCUGGGAGGCUAACCUACGCUUCUGGACACUGUACCUUCACCCAAUGGUAAAACACAGUCAGCGAACAAAAGACCCAAUGAGCAUCUAUUACUUCCAAAGGGGCUUUGUCGAUUUCGCAACCAUCUUCACGCCCUACACCAAGUACUGUGCUGAGCAGAGCACCUGCCAAUUCUAUUGCAAAGAGAUGUACCACAAUAAUGCGCUAUUCAUGACCUACUGUGCCUGGUGCGAAUCGCAGAAGAUGUGCAAUAGGUUGCGACUAGCCGACAUUCUGGUACGUCCAAUGCAACGACUAACCAAGUACGGACUGUUGCUGGCGGCUAUCAAGAAACAUAUCAACGAUGAAGCAGAAGGCGAAGCAAUUGAUGCAAUGAUACAUUCUGUAGAAGAGUUCGUCGCGGGAGUAAAUUCUCAUCUAACAACACGACAGGAAAGCGAACGUUUAAAAGGAAUAAAUGCCAGGAUUGACUGUUACGAGGUAGUCGAUUCAAACAACGAAACUCUGGAUCGUUUGGUUAAACAGCACAGUAUCAUGUUCGACCUGUGUCAGCCGAUGCGUGGCAUCGACCAUGGGCGAAAGGUGUUUGUGGAAGGUGACUUGAAAUACAAAGAUGGUACUGGAAAGAUGGAUGUUCAUUGCUUCCUCUUUACAGACUUUUUGCUAGUUUGUAAAAAAAAUAAGAACGAUAAACUAAAGAUCGUACGACAACCAUACAUGACGGACCGUUUGAUGGUGCAGCUCAAAGAUCAAGCGAUUUACUGUUGCUAUGUGAAUGAACUAAACAUGGUCGUAGCUGCAUUCACGUUGCAAAGCGCCAAAGCUCAGCAUUGGUACGAUUCAAUAACAAAAGUAAAACAUAUCUACAAUCGUAUGAAACAAGGGACGUUCGGUGACGUGAGACAGUAUGGGAACAUUAUCAACAUCAGCAACAGCUGCAACAACUCUACCAGCAAUAGCAACAUGAACAUCAACAAUGAUAAUAUAAGCAUUAAGAAGUCGCCUCUCAACAGCUCAAUCGGCAGCCGUGUGAGCAGUUUGAACAAUAGCCAUAGCGGAUCAGUCGAUCUGAACGAAUCGAAGCAGGUAUCGAUUGAUUUCGAGAAAACCAAUUCUCUGUCUAGCGAUGAAGGUGCAGGUGUGGUCAAUGCGGUGACAGGAAGUGGACUGGUGAUGAUGCAUUCAAAAUACGGAGCUGUCAGCAGCCGCAAACCGAAGAAUACCGUUUGCACUAUGCAAACAAAAUCAUCCAACUCAUUGACCGUUCAACCGUAUAGUGGACUGGGACAAAGCAUGCCAAACUUAAAUCUGAAUUCAAUCCAAAAUAGCAAUACACUCUCGGUGCCUGGGACAUCCAAUAGUCAAUCUCAUUCUGGAAUGGUACUGCUUUCUCCCAGCCAACGGGGUAUUUCAUAUCCUCCUCCAUCUCCUACUAGGGCAACGCUGCGUCGCGGGUUCGCAUUCUCUACGUCAAUCAAAAACCCACCGUUAAUCAAAACACGCAACGUGUCCUCGCAGCAAAGUUUCGCGCUGUCACAACAACAAAGCUUCAACUCGGCUUCACUCGCGCAACACCAGCAGUGUCUGCCAUCGCCAUCUAACACCUUGCACGGCGCUCCUAACAAUUCCGGAACAAAUUCUGCUAUCGAAGGAUGUGCCGUUGCAAGCGGGCUCACGUUGUCUUCGGCGAAUGUAUCGUUUUUCAAACGUAAAAAUAGCUUCCAAAGUGUACCGAACAACAGCGCCACGAGCAGUGUGGACCAAAGUUUGCCUAACGAAACCUAAGCAAUCCGUGCCGCUUAUUUUAAACGAACCCAGGCAUACUGAAAGGCGAAUUGAUAAGUGCAUCCGUGAAACGCCAUUAUCAACUGGUUCAUUUCUCCCUACCUUAUUUUUGUUGGCUGCAGCAUCGCCAAGUACAAACGUGCAUCGCCAAGUAGACACUUGUAAGGAAGUUAGUAAAUGAUAACAUUGGUUAGGUACAACAACCUAAAGACGUAUUGAUACCAUUGAACUCAUCCUGUAUAUACACUAGUACCAUUUACAUAGGUAAUUUAUUUGCCCUAUUUGGAUGCGCUCGAUAAAUGCAAUUAAGAAGUGCAUACAGGAAAUCUAUCUAUAAUACAUUUUAUGCCAAUUGUACUUACCUACAAAGGCUAAAAAUUUGUAUAAUUUUUGUUGUGAAAAGCAGUGGCACACAUCAACAAAAAAAGGCAGAACAAAACAAAGCUGUGAAUUUUAAGGUGAAAUUACAACAGCCACUACCGCGCUUGGCAACGUGCAUGAUAGUGGCGACAGUCGUAAUGAAUCCUUUAAAUCGGCCUUUUUUGGCGGAUUUUUUCUCCGUUCCCUUUCGAUAUCCUUGGUGCUAACUUUAUGCUUGUUUUUUAAUUGUGCAAAAUAAUGAGUAAUGGCAGAAUAUAAAAAAUAUUUAUUAUUUUAUGUUAUUCAAUUAUGAGCUUUUUAUUAGUUGAAGCUGCCUGAAUGAUUAACAAGAUGAUAUUUUUAAUUGAAUCCCUCUAGUCAGCAUGACCUUCGGCAGAAUACAAUACGUACCGAUUCAUUUAAGUGCGACACACGUAUGGUGUAUAUGGUUUUGUGCUAAAAAAAAGUCAAAUUUAUGAAGUUUUGAAGAUUUUUUAAUUUCAUUUCUUCAUAUUUGCUUAACAUUAUCUAUACUUAACAACUUUAUGAAUUAUUGUUAGUUUAGAAAAUCUAUUGUGUACAUAUUACGAUUCAACGUAUUUUAUUAUGAACGAGAGGAAUGUAUUUUGAGGUAAUAACGAAUAAAAAAACUUAGUCCUGUUUGUAGCUUUAGUGACAUCACAGAUUGUCUUAAUAAUUUGACUAGUUUAGCUCAAACUUGCAAUUAAAGAGGUUUAAAUGCAAUAGUUCAGUAUACAAAAAAAACCAUUAAAAUCUUAUUCACUCUGCGUAAUCAUAAACUAGAAAGCAAUAACAGUUUGCAUGUCUAGAUAACCGAGUGGUAGGUUUUAUAUUUGUUUGAUGGGUAACUGCGAUUUAUCAGAGAGCACGGGCGGCAUAGGGAGCAGGAUAACUAUGCUCCCUUUCAAAUUGGCUCUACAACUGUUUUUUUAGUAUGUCUUGGCACUGUGACUUAUAGUGUGACUUAUUACGAGUGAUACAGUCUGGUCAAUGUGGUUCGAUCUAUUCGAGAUUUGAGCUUAGCCUAGAUUUGAGCUGGCACGUUUGCUAAAAGGUUUAUAGACGACCUAAUAGAGGAACAUGCCCAGAAAGAACAUUAUUAGUAUGAAAAUUGGUACACAAAACUAUAAAUAACUAAUACAAAUUAUGAUAAGUCAAGAAUGUAUCUGAAACACUUUUUUUAAGAUAAUCAUAACUCACAGUAGUGGAACGAAAGACAAUGGCAAUGAAUUUUAAAUCUAGUUCAACUUUACCAGCAAUGCGUUCUUUAGUAUUUUCCCCAGUAUAACAGGGUUAACCUAUGUUUUCCGUGCGCAGGUCGCAUUGGUACAAAAUAGGAAAAGUUGAAGACCACUUUCAUCUUAUCUUAGUUAUUAGAUGGUCGUUAAUACCAUAUCGCAAAUUUAUUUCCAGCUUGCUUGAUUCUUCUAAUAUCGAAAUCAUCAAACAAUACAAAAAAAUCCUCUAGUUUUUUUCCAAAAAGAAACUUAAUGUUUCAAAUUUUGAAAUAUUAAAAGGCUCUCGUGAGUAUCGUUCAGCACGCGCGUAUUUGUAUGGGUAACACUUAUAGUAUGAAGGCGGCAUAGGCCAGAAGACCGGAAUAAUAAUACUAACAUUCCAUUUCACCUGUGUAGUCUGGCUUUUGUGUGAAAAAAAUAAAACGGCUCUAAUUAGAAAGUAUCAUGCUGUACAUUUUAUAGAAGGAUAAGGUUUUAUGCAAUGCUCGAAAAAAUAGGUAUAAAAUGAAAAGUUUUAUUUUGGUUUGUAUGUUGAGAACAAACUAGUUUGACAGAUAUUUCAACAAAACACUUAAUAGUAUUCUAAAAUUUUAAGAAACACAAGUUAUUAACAUUAAAAAUACUAGAAUCUUCUUUUUCUUAUUCUAUUUGGCGUAACGUCCUACGCCGACAUGUCGGCCCAUAUACAGGCUUUCGAGAUUUAUUCAGUACCACGCAACCGGAAAGUCAGUCCUUGUUACGAAGGGUGGGUCCGUAUGUGGUUAAAACCCAUGAUAGGCAUGUUGAUAAGUCAUGCGAGUUGACGACUGUACUACGGGACUGCCACGUAGAAAAUAUAUUAGAAUGCAUCAGUUAAACUGUAACUAAUGGCAGUAUCACAUGUAUGCUGAACAAAUGUGUACUUUUUUGUGAUUCUAUAUAACACGUACCAUACGUUGUUGAACGUUAGCUUUUUUGAUGACGAAUGAAACAUCUGUAAAAUUAACUGCAAGAAUCUUUUUUAUAUGGUAGUCGUUUCAGUAAUAUUCAAAUUCAACCUAUUCAGAUUUUAUUUCCAAACGGUUGGAAAGCUGUCUUAACGCUGAGAGAGCGAUGUCUUGACGCUUACAUUGUUGGUUCAAAUGAAUCGCAGAAGAAGAUCUAGAACCAAAGCCUACAUUAAAUACAAAUUGAUCUUCCUGUUUUUUUCGAUAUAUUUUAUCAGCAAUUGUAAUUUUAUUUUUGUAUACCGUCUUUUCCCGAGUUACGCGACACUCGAGUUACGCGAAUUCGAGUUACGCGACUUUUUUUAUUUUUGACAGUUCAAAUGUGAGAUUAGUACAAUUUUCUCCAUCUAUUUUCAUAUGAAAAAAAUAUUGCAUUUUUCCAUAAGUAUUAAAUCACUAAAAAGACAGAAAUAACCAAAUUUUCCACACCAAUUACAUAAAAUAAGUAAUAAAUUACAUAAAUGAACUAAAUUAAAUUUUAAAAAAUAUGAUUCUUCUUCUUCUUCUUUGGCUCAACAACCGUUGUCGGUCAAGGCCUGCCUUUACCUCUUGUGGGUUUGGCUUUCAGUGACUAAUUGAUUUCCCCCCAUAGCAGGAUAGUCAAUCCUACGUAUGGCGGCACGGUCUAUUUGGGGCUUGAACCCAUAACGGGCAUGUUGUUAAGUCGUACGAGUUGACGACUGUACUACGAGACCGGCCUAAAAAAUAUGAUUAAUUAGGUAUAUUUUGGCUGUAAAACGAGAUACUCUACAUACGCGAAAAUCCGAGUUACGCGAAUAUCUCCGGAACGCAUUAUUCGCGUAACUCGGGGAAAGAUUGUAUUUGUUUAGAUGAAAUUUAGAAACAUGUGUUUAACAUAAUUAUACCGCUCAAACUAUGAUUUUGAAACAUUCAAGUUUUGUAGUCUUAAAUGUAAAACAUUGAUUUUUUCCUUGCUUUUACAACUGAGCUAUAAUUUUGUACUUAAAUUUUACCAUAUAGUAAGAUAUCUUGCAUUAUUUUUUUAGUACAAGCUCCAACUUCUGAGGCGAUUACUUCAGAAAUUUUUCAUCAAACCUAGUAUAAAUAUUUUGGUUAUUAGAGACGAUUUCCAAGGAAGUUUAGAAAAAAGUAAACUUUUAUAAUUUCAUCCGCUUGCAUGGCUCCAUUGCAAAAUGUUGUAUAAUCGUGCCACUGCAAAGGUACAAAAAGUGCUUUAAAAAAGGAAAAAUAAUCGCCAAUCUGAACCACGCUUAAUGAAGUUUAGGACUAAAAGGGGAAUAAAUGGUGAGGUGUGGAAUAUAUAAACCAAAGAAUUGUUUGAGACGAGUGGUACAUGCUACCCCCAAGAAGUAUUAGUAACAUAGUGAUCGGUUUUUGGAAAUUAAUACAAGUAUCCUUCAUCCUGGCUACGUUCUGCGAGCACAAGGUGGGUAAGCGUUUCUUUCUAAAACUGUCAGUCCAAUGCCAUGGCAAUGGAAUAUUGUUAGCAUUUUAAUAAGCGUGUCCCCACAGAGCACACAAAUGUUUCCCGACCGGGCCAUACGUUGGUACCGCGUUGCGAUUUAUUUGUGACGCUUUCGCGCCAAACGCAUCAAUGUACAGUUUUAUAAUGAUACUCAACUAAAUCAUUCUAAUAGGACUGGAAUAUAUCAGUUUAACUGUAGUUUACAAAAAAAUGCAAACUUGAAAACAUUAUAUACAAACACACGAAUAUACAUGCAAACAGACAUGAUAUAUAUAUACAUAGCCAUAUAGAUAUAUAUAUAUACUUAUACAAGUACGAAAAGAAGAUUUGUCUUAUUUAAGCAUGUUUGAGCUAUAUUUACAAAAUUUGAAUCACAAAAUCAAACUAUUUGAAUGUUAGCAAAUGAUUCAAGCGAGAACGCGAAGUGUAAAAAAUAUCCAAAAUCAAAUAAUUUGGAACCUUUUUACAAUUCAAACGAAUCGGGGUUUUUAUUUUCAUUUCCACUUUGAUGGAAAUUCCAUACCACAUAGCACAUAGUGCUGAACGCUACGUGAACGGUUCUAAGCAUGGUCAAAAUGCUUUUUUAAUACUAGAUUAACAUUAUCAAACAAUAGCAAAAGCUGAGCAGAAGAUUGACAAAUAAUCAAAAAUCAACGAUUGCUUCACAUUUCAAAUCGGAACAAUUUUCGAUGACAGGUUAUGUAUUGUCAAUGUUUUUAAAUGAUACAAGCUCAAUCGUUUCAACUGAUAUUUUUAACUAUUGAAAUGCAUCAGGCAUUACUGGGAAUAAGUUUGAGCAAUGGAAAAAUAAGCAUUAAACUGUAAAUCAAAUUACAGGCAACAUAAUCAUAUGCUUGCAAUAUAGACAUUAAAUUUGAAUUCCUUAAUUGGAAGCAAAUUUGCUAAAUAAACAAAACUGAACUCAUUCAAAAAGCGGACCUAAAAUAUCAAACCAUGGAAUACAAAUCAACAUUAAUAGAGAAACAAACAUUGUGCAAUCAAAGAACAAAAAAUAAAAUCAAAAUACUAAGCAAAA